CACACUCUGAAAAGCUAAACACAAAAAAAGUCCCAAAAGCAAAAGAUAAAUGAUGGCUUCAUUCCUUUUUUCAAAUCCAAAUUCCAACGUUAUAUUAAAUUACGUAAACACCACAAUCACCACCCUUUUCUUCUUCCUCUCACCUCUUUCUUUCCCUUUGCAUUUCAUUUAAUUUCUCAACCAAAUUAUGGGUUCAUGCAUUAGCAAAUGCAGACCCAACAAACAUUCUCUAAAUCAUUUCAACAAAGACAAACUUGUUAUCUCUCAUCAACCUCCACCAACCCCAACAACCCUUCUUCAUUCUUCCAACAAAAUCUCACCUUCUCCUCCAUCUCCAACCUCUUCCAUUUCCUCCUUUACAUGCACCACUUCCAAAACCAUCUCCUCAGCUUCUUCCUUUUCAAGCACAAAUUCCUCAUCUUUAAGCUCCAAAGAUAGAUCCUUCUCCAAUGACUUCCUUUGGUCUUGCUACAAGGAAAAUCCACACAUCAUCACUCGUAUCAAUUCCCUCACCAAACCUACACCUCAACCUAAAAAGAUCAUAAACCCUUCACCAACAAAACAAAACAUGCCACAAAAAAGAGUUCGAUCAAAUUCACCAACCAACCUAACAAGACAAAAGAGUUUCAGAAAGGAAGUUGAACCUCAACUACCACUGAGGCCUAAUAGAAUGUUGGGUUCACCUUCUCCGAGUCGUAGAUUCAAUGGAAGUGUUGUAUCUACCACUAUUUCGGAUAAUAGUGUUUCGAAGCGAAUGAGUAAUAGCCCUAAGGCUAGUGUAGCUCAUUCAUCACGUUCUGUUAAUUCUACUUCUAUAAGGAAAGAAAGUGUUAGAGCAGCAGCUAUUAGUCCAAACAACAGUUUGCGGCGGGUUCAAUCUUCUGGUUUGAGUUUGAGGCAUAGAGAAACUGUGGUUAAGGAUGUGAUUUCUGGUAAUCAUCAUAAUAUUGACUCAAUUAUGGAAGAUAUUGAUAAUCCUCUUAUCUCAUUGGACUGUUUCAUCUUUUUGUAGAAAACAGUGUUUGUGUGUCCUCUAUAUUUUGAUUUAUUUGGUGUUCUGUUUAUACAUUGUUUGAAACCAAUUUUCUAUGUUUGUUUUUUGUUUUAUCUUUUUGGGGCUUGUUGAUUUUGAAUAUUGGAAUUUAUUCAUUACUAGCUAGUUUACUACUAUAGAAGUUUGUAAGGUUGAUAAGAUUUGUGUUUCUAAUUAUAAGAGUAAAGAAACAGUUGUGUGUGCUAGUUUGAAUUUGUAUUUUG